GAGAUCAAUUUCAAUCAGGUUUGUACGCUAAUUCUCCGCAACAGAUAGGAUCGGAUCAGUCGGAAUUAAAGGCCCUGUUAUCGAAUUAGUAUAUAAUAACAGUAUCUGGGUUCACUGCCCCUUUGUUGGAGUUCUGGUUCUGGUUUGCCCUCGCAGGAAAGGAAAGCCUCUUCAAUCUGUUGUUUGGUGAGGUGAAUAAAAUGAAGGCUGUGAAGUUCCUGUUAUGGGUUCUUUGUCUACAUAUAGUCUCCCUAGCUGUGAUUGAUGGGAGUCCAGAGACCUGUCCCGCUGACAUUAGCAGUGGAUGUGGUGAUGACUGGGAAGGGGAAUUUUUCCCCGGCAUUCCUAAAAUUAAGUAUGAGGGCCCUUCAAGCAAGAACCCACUUGUAUUUAAGUGGUAUAAUGCUCAAGAGGACAUUCUUGGGAAGAAAAUGAAGGAUUGGAUGAGAUUUAGUGUUGCUUUCUGGCACACAUUCCGUGGGACUGGAGGUGACCCAUUUGGUGCGCCUACAAAGAUGUGGCCAUGGGAAGACGGUACCAAUUCAGUGGCUAUGGCUAAGAGGAGGAUGAGAGCAAAUUUUGAGUUUAUAGACAAGCUUGGAGUUGACUUCUGGUGCUUUCAUGAUAGGGAUAUUGCUCCAGAUGGUAAAACCCUCGAGGAUUCCAAUGCAAAUUUGGAUGAAGUGGUAGCACUUGCUAAAGAGCUUCAGGGAAGAAAGAUCCGUCCUUUGUGGGGUACAGCCCAGUUGUUCAUGCAUCCUCGCUACAUGCAUGGUGCUGCUACUAGCUCUGAAUUAGGAGUAUACGCAUAUGGUGCUGCUCAAGUGAAGAAAGCCAUCGAGGUGACUCACUAUCUAGGUGGAGAAAAUUAUGUCUUUUGGGGCGGUCGGGAGGGUUAUCAGACUCUCUUGAACACAGAUAUGGAAAGAGAGCUUAACCAUAUGGCAAGGUUUCUUGAAGCAGCUGUGGCAUAUAAGAAGAAGAUCGGAUUCAAUGGGACACUUCUUAUCGAACCCAAGCCACAAGAACCUACAAAACACCAGUAUGACUGGGAUGCAGCAACAACAGCUAAUUUCUUGCGUAAAUAUGGUCUUGCAGGAGAAUUCAAGCUCAACAUUGAAUGCAACCAUGCCACCUUAUCUGGUCAUAGCUGUCACCAUGAACUUGAAACUGCAAGAAUCAAUGGUUUACUUGGAAAUAUAGAUGCUAACACGGGAGAUCCUCAAAUCGGUUGGGACACAGAUCAGUUCUUAACUGACAUAGGAGAAGCAACCAUGGUUAUGCUCAGUGUCGUGAGAAAUGGUGGCUUAGCACCAGGAGGAUUCAAUUUUGAUGCCAAACUACGAAGGGAAAGCACGGAUGUUGAGGACUUGUUUAUUGCUCAUAUAAGUGGAAUGGAUACCUUGGCUCGUGGACUCCGGAAUGUUGCAAAGCUGAUUGAGGAUGGUUCUUUGGAUGAGCUUGUUCUCAAACGAUAUCAAAGUUUUGAUUCAGAUCUUGGGGCUUUAGUAGAGGCUGGCAAAGCUGAUUUUGAACUGCUUGAGAAGAAAGCCAUGGAAUGGGGAGAACCCAAGGUUCCGUCUGCCAAGCAGGAACUUGCGGAGAUGAUUUUCCAAUCAGCACUGUAGACUACUAGACUUACAAAUAACUCGUUAGAUUUUCCUGCCUAGAGUUUCUUAUAAAUAAUACAUGAUGCUGCUUAUCGUUGAUGGUGCGACAGUAGGGUCGAGUUUAGAGUUAAGUCUUCUCAUCGUGAUUGUUAUGUAUUAUUCUCAAUAUUUGUUGGAUAAUAAUGGAAAGCAUUUUUGCUAGUUUUCAAA